AUGAAAAGCUCUCAAGUCCUGGUGCACUUAUUGGAGAAAAUUUCAACAUAUGAAGAAUUUUAUUACAAAUCAUAUCAAGAUGAAACUGUCGAAGAAUGUCACCAAGCUUUAAAAAAAGACAUAGAUGCGCUCUCUUGGAAUAAACUGAAUAAGGUUAGUGCUCUUUGUGCAGAACCUCGUGACUACAGUUUACGAAAACUUCCAGUCAGGAGUAGCUCUUUGUUAGUGAUUACGAGGCAGAACCCAAGUGUUAGCGAUUUUUCCGGCAGUCAGACACUUGGAUUGAAAGUUACCAUCUCAAUUAGCCGUAGUGCUGUUGGUGACAUGUUGCAGACGAGUGAAGCUAGUACAUCAAAACAAUCGUGUAAAGAUAUCGGAAUUGAAGUUGAUGAUUUUGAAAAAAGCAAGUUACAGUCAAUUUAUAAUCAAGAAAAAUUGAAUCUCAUCUAUGCUUAUGAGGAUGAAAUAAUCUCAUUCAAUUUUCAAGAAAAUUAUGUGGAGGCAAAAGUGGAAAAUGUAUUGCGCUUAAUAACGUAUCUACGUGAAACAUUUGCGCGUCCAGUACUAUUUAUCAUAGUUUAA